CACUGCGAUCUGUGCAUGUUCACCACGGCCAGGGCGGCGAGCUUAAACCGCCACGUGAAAACCCACACCAACGAGAGGCCGCACGAGUGUCACCUGUGCCUGAAAGCCUUCCGCACGGUCACCCUCCUGCGGAACCACAUCAACACCCACACAGGAACCAGGCCGCACAAGUGUGGUGACUGUGACAUGGCAUUUGUCACCAGCGGAGAGCUCAUCCGGCACAGACGGUACAGACACACUCACGAGAAGCCGUUUAAGUGUUCCACGUGCAAGUAUGCGAGCGUAGAAGCGAGUAAGUUGAAGCGCCACAUCCGGUCACACACGGGGGAGCGUCCCUAUCAGUGCCACCUCUGCAGCUACGCCAGCAAGGACACCCACAAGCUGAAACGACACAUGAGGACACACUCAGGCGAGAAGCCCUACGAGUGUCACGUGUGCCACGCGCGCUUCACCCAGAGCGGCACCAUGAAAAUACACAUCGUGCAGAAGCACAGCGAGAACGUCCCCAAGUACCAGUGUCCGCACUGCGCCACGCUCAUCGCCAGGAAGAGCGACCUGCGGGUCCAUAUACACAACCUGCACACUUACAAAGCCGCAGGGAUGGAGUGCCGCUACUGUCCUGCUGUCUUCCACGACCGCUAUGGCCUCCUUCAGCACCAGAAAACUCAUAGGAGCGAGAAGAAGUUCAAGUGUGAGCACUGCAGCUACACCUGCAAGGAGGGGCGCCGCAUGGCGCUUCACACCCGGACCCACACUGGAGAGAAGCCGUUCGCCUGCCUGUCCUGCAGCCAGCGCUUCGAAAAGAAGGAACUCCUGAGCGCCCACGUCAGGAAGUGCCACGCCGCCUCCCCGCCGGCCCCGGCCGUGCAUGAAUGUCCCAAGUGCCGGAAAGCCUUCUCCCGCUGGGUAAGCUCCCAGGGCCCCGGGCGCCAUCCGUCUCCCUGA